UAGAACAUAACCAACCAAAUUUCAAUCUUGACACUCGAGUGAGCGAGCACGAAAAUGGGUCUUCUUCUCUACUCCAAUCCUCUCCCUCUCACAACCGCUUCGUCCCGUUCUUCUUUUUCAUCGCCGUCUCCAACUUCAUCACCUUCACCUUUCUCUGCAACUAUUUCAUGGAUGCACAUGAAACCAAAUGGUCUGCGUCCGAAAUUUUUCAGCGGAGUUCGACUUCGUAUGCCCGUUGUGAAAGGGUCAGGUUCAGUAGUUGUUAAGGCCUCCUCUGACAUUGAUGGAACUGCUGCUGCAAAUGAGGGUAGUGAGCCCCUUCCAGACAGCAAGGAAGAGGUGGCGGUACCCAUCAACAAGCUUCCCUUGGAAUCAAAGCUGCAAGAGCGCCUAGAGCAGAAGGCGAAGAUGCAGCUGGCGAAGAAGAUAAGGCUUCGUAGGAACCGACUUGUUCGCAAGCGAAAACUGAGAAAGAAAGGCAGAUGGCCUCCAUCAAAGAUGAAAAAGCUAAAGAAUGUCUGAGUUUUACCUCAAGAUUUCUUGCAGGUUUAGUUCUGACCCUUUCUGUUUCUGCGGUCUCUCGUCAUUUUGUUAGUGCACGAUCAAAUAUCUCUUCAUAUUGACGUAAUUUCUUAGUUUGAAUCUUGUUGAUGUCAAUGAAAAUAGUAUUGCCCAA